GAGAGAGAGAGAGAGAGAGAGAGAGAGAGAGAGAGACGCAUAAAGUUCCUGGAAUUUUAAGUAAAAACGACGCGACCAAACAAGCUACAUGUUUUAUUCAUCGGCUAAACGGAGGAUGUUUUCGACCCGGGCUCGUUUACGGGUAUAUAAACUGUUCGUAAUUUAUAAAUAAAAAAGACGUACAAGUUAUGCAGAUAAAGAUAAAAAAAAUAAAGCAGUGUAAACGUGUCGCUUGUUUGUCCAAGGUACAUCAUUCUUUGUCCCAGGAAAUAUUUUUAAUAUUCGCGUUGGGAAGAUUCGAUCCGGCCAGCGUAAUAAACUCGUUUCGCGUAAACUGUAGCGGAUCAAACAUUGUUCUCAGAACGCUUUUGUCCUGCGAGAACGGAAACUCUACGUGGAACGGCGUCGUCGACGGGAACGAAAACGUUCUCCAGGUGACUACGCCUUCGCUGAGAAUUAUUUACAGAAUAGUGAUCCCGACAGUCGUCGCCAGCGGUAUGUUCGGCAAUAUCUUGGUGCUCGCGGUGCUGUCGACGCCAGCGUUCCGUGGAAUAGCGUAUUUGUAUCUCAGAGGACUCGCACUGGCUCACAUCGGGGUCCUGGUGUCUUGGAUACCGAUACUUGUCAGACUGGGCCACGGGAUGAAGAACAACUAUCCAUCUGUAUUCUAUCACGCCCAUUUGGAACUAGUCGCUGUUAAUACCUUCUCCACUGCGAGCGUUUUGAUAAUGGCCUGCUUAAUCGUGGAUCGAUACAUCUUCAUCUUUUUCCCAGCUCGUAUCCGUGGCAGGAACGCGCGCAAAAACGUUCGCUCUUCCAUUCUGUGCUCGUUCAUUCUCGGUUUCGCGGUAACCGCCCCGCUGACUGGAACGAGAAUGGUACACGAGCAGCAAGGUAGCACAGGUGUUCUCUUCGUAUUGCGCGAGAAUACUUCUGUUACGGGAAACGGGCUCUGGCACGGUUACAUCUGGAUCAUGGAGAUCGUGACGCGCCUCUGUCCGACGAUGAUCCUUCUGCUGUUGAACACGGUCGUUGUCAGAAGGUUUCUCCACUUGAACGCAAAGAAAAAGGAAUUUCAAUUGGUCUCGGAGAAAUAUCGUACAGCGAACGUUCCCGAGGCGUCUUUGCUCACCCGUUGCAACAGAGGGUACAGAGAAGAACAGCACCUAGCUACGCUGAUGUCGGUUAUGGCUGUGUGCUUUAUGGUGACGAUGAUACCAUCGAUCCUUGUUCCAUUAUUGUAUCACGGUUGCGAGACCAGGGAUGUUGGUUACCAUUUAUUUCGAGCGUACGCAGCUGCCGCAGAGCUUUGUAAUUACGCCGUAUACGUUGUUAUAUAUUUUUCCUGUAGUACAGAAUUUCGGGAAGAGUUCGUCAAGGUCAUCCAGAACAAAUGUGGAAGGGACAUGGAGGAAGAGAUUGAAAGACCGAUCGGGGAAAUCGAAGACUACAGCCGACAUGGCACAACGAUUCGAUUAACACCCGAACAGACGAAAUUAAAUUCUCCUGGUUCUGCCAGUAAAUUGAAUCCCAUGGAAGAAGAUAAGGAAUCGGAAUUAUUAAACGCCUCUGACAUCAUUUGAAUACUGUACGAUUAAGCUGCAAAUAAAACAGUCCACGACAAACGCAAUAGACAAAUAUUUUUUAAUC